AUGCCAACACAUGAUUUACCUUUUGGAGGCGGCCGGCCCAAUGCAAGUGACGAUGAAAAUGAUCUUCACAACAAACCAGAUAUAUACCGGGGUCCUGAUAUAUCAUCUUUUGUUGAGAAUAUCCAAAGGGCGGCGAUCAAACAAGAUCUGAUUAGACCAUCCUUGGACAAGGUUUCAGCGCCGCCAAUAGUAGUCAAGAAGGGUCCAGCUAAACGCCAACCUGCGAAAAAAGCUAUAGCAGCGCCUACAAAGAAGGGAGCCGCAGUUACUUCGAAAAAGUCUACGGUGGUUGACGCAGGGGAAACUGUCACUGUGAGGAAACCUACCAAACGCAACCCGCCGCAGAAAGCUAAGGUCGAAGCCAAGGCCAGAAAUUCCAAAUGGAAAGGCUGGGCAUUAGUUGAAGAGCAGCCGCCCUCCAUCGAGGAGGCUGAUGUAUCGGAGGUUAAUGCCACAGGAAAGAGGAGACGACGUGUGUGA